GAAAAUUCGAUCUGUUAUCAUUUUCUGCAUCGUUAGACUUGCAACAAAACACCUGCAAGUUGAUUGGCUCCAGUAGUCUGUGUCCCUCCCUUCCUUUUUACUAUUCGCUAAGUAAAGGUGCAUCCACAACUAUCCUCCUCCGAUUGGCCGAAGGGCGUGUCAAACAUCCGUGUAUUGUCAGAGUCCCGCCCUGAAACAAUGCCGUGCUGCCUUCACUGACGGUGACUUAGGGAUGCCCUUCUCUGACGUCUUGGAUGCUGACGGUACAGAUCCAGGGGUGGAUGACAGCAGAGAGUGUGAUCAGCGAGCUGAGUGUUGGCUGGUCUGAGAGCAGAAAGGAAACCGUACAUUUGGUGGAUGUGAGGGACUCUUGAAAUGUCACUGAGACAACCAGACGGGAUGUCUGUCGCCCAGGCUUUGGCCAUGACUGUGGCAGAGAUACCGGUCUUUCUCUACUCCGCAUUUGGACAGUCAAUUUUUUCUCAGCUGAAGCUUUCCCCGAGCCUGAAGAAGGUGCUGUUUGCGACGGCACUCGGAAGCGUAGCGCUGGCCCUGACCGCUCACCAGCUGAAAAGAAGAGGCAGGAAAAGGAAACAGGCAGACCAUGUGAAGGAGGGCCCGAAGACCGUGGGAAUACCCGAGGCUCUGCUGAAGACAGGAAGACCUUCAUCUCUGAAGAGAGGCCCCAUUACCAGCCGCCAGGUGAUGAGCCCCAGCUCUCGGAGCAAUGACACCAUGAGUGGCAUUUCCUCGCUGGCUCCCAGUAAACACUCAAGUUCCUCACACAGCUUGGCAUCUACUCGAGUCCCAAACUCUCCUAAUCAGCCGAUUAACCCCUCCACUCCAUGGGAGGCGCAGCCUGUGGUGGAAGAAUCAGGAGCAGUGGAGGAUGCUAAUGCAGAGAACCUGUAUUUGAUGGGGAUGGAGCUGUUUGAUGAAGCACUGCGAAAGUGGGAACAAGCCUUAAACAUUCGUCACCAGGGCAACUCGGCCUCCAGUAACAGCAGCCUUGCUCUGCAGGGAGCGGCAUGUGGAGACUUUCUCACGAACGAAGGUCGUAAUAAACUGUUUGCAGAGAAGCUGGAGACACUCCUGCACAGGGCGUACAACCUGCAAGAGGAUUUUGGCGGCAGCAUCCCAGCGGAGAGCGUGCUAGCCGACUUUGAGAGCGAAGGAACUCUGAUCUUGCCUCGCGUAGAGAGUUUCCACCGGCUGCAAAACGAGGAUGCGGCUUCUGUUUCGUCUGAUGACUCGUUUUUCUCUGCUGCAGAGCUGUUUGAAAAUAUAACUUUAAAUGAGAUCUACCCACCAAUGAAGCCAGCGGCUCUGUAUGAAGAAGCCUUGUCUCUGGUGCAGGAAGGCAGAGUGAAGUACAGGACUUUAAGGUCUGAAUUACUUGAAUGCUACAGUGACCAGGAUUUCCUCUCCAAGCUUCACUGUGUGAGACAAGCAUUCCAGGUCUUGUUAUUAGAUGAAACUCACCGCACGUUUUUUAUGGAGACAGGGAAACAGAUGGUGGCAGGGUUAAUGGUUAAGGCUAACAAGAGUCCCAAAGCCUUCCUGGAGAGCUACGAAGACAUGCUGCUUUACACCCAGAGAGAAGAAACGUGGCCCAUUACAAAAAUGGAGCUGGAGGGUCGAGGGGUGGUGUGUAUGAACUUUUUUGACAUAGUUUUGGACUUUAUUCUGAUGGAUGCAUUCGAGGACUUGGAGAGCCCGCCCUCCUCUGUGUUAGCCGUUCUGAGGAACCGCUGGCUGUCUGACAGCUUCAAAGAAACGGCUCUGGCGACCGCCUGCUGGUCAGUGUUGAAAGCUAAAAGGCGACUUCUUAUGGUUCCCGAUGGGUUUAUCGCCCACUUUUAUGCCAUAUCAGAACACGUGAGCCCAGUUUUAGCUUUUGGGUUUUUGGGACCAAGGCAGCACCUGAGUGAGGUUUGCACAAUUUUCAAGCAACAAAUAGUGCAGUACCUCAAAGAUAUGUUCGACCACGAUAAGGUCCGCUUCACCUCCGAGCAGUGCUUGGCUGAGGACAUCCUGAAACUUUCCCACCGCAGAAGUGAGAUCCUACUGGGCUAUCUGGGAAUCGACAGUCUGUUGGAGCUCAACGGAGCUAUGCCCAGAGACGCUGAGGGCUCCUACGGGACCAACAAAGUGUCAUGAAGCGCUUUGACAAAGAGUCUGAACUCCGUGUUGAUUUCUGCACCGAGCCCUUGUUCUGUUAUGCACUGAGAACCAGCAUUAUUCAGUCAAUUAUUCAUCCCUUUCUCCAUCUGUGCUCUUAAACACAACUACAUGUCAUCGGAUUUAUUUCACCAGGUCUCCUUGUUCCUGCUAAUGAAGGAGAGCGUCUGGGUCCUGGAUUCCUCCUGUCCCUUGUGUUGCCGCUUUGCUGAGUAUCCAGACUGACGACUGUAAUCAAAUUAUCACAGACGUGUGAGGACUUGUUCCUGCCUCUACCUCUGCCUGGGGUGAUUCAGAUACUUGGUGAAAACACGGCUGACAAACACUUCUAACACAAGAGGACUUUGCCUUCUAGUGACCCAAAUGAAAUUCUUCUGAGAACUGUGUUCAUCACCUGUGGGUUCGGGCUGAAUACCUGCCUUCACUCUGACGAGCAAAGAGAGAACGUGCUUUUGUAUUUUAUGUGAAAAAUUGAAGGUCAUUUCUUAAUGAAAUCGCUGCUGCUUAUGGUUAUUGAGGCAAGAUGGCCGUCACCUUAAUUGUCCCUAAAUCAUCCUUUAUUCCAGGAGUUCCAUUGAGCUGAAUAACACUGAGACAUAUCUGAGAUGGGGUUUUGAACAAAUAAUCUAAAACUGGUAUUUCACAAUCUGAUUUGGCUUUUAGUUUGAAUUUGAAUUGAUUAUUCCUUUUGCGGACUGCCAUACAAUGACAACUAAAUACAAGCAUAAAGCAUAAGUUUCAAAUCAGAGAAAAACUGAAAAUGGCAUCCAAAAAAAUUUGUCAUGUAACACGAUUUGUGACAAAUUUUUCGACAAAUGUACAAUCAACAUGAUUGAAUUUUUAGAUUAUGUUCAGUUUUAAAGCUGCUGACCAAGCUUUUUGUUAAAUCGGUUUAGAUAUAGCUUAUCAUUUAUAGAAUGUGUUGUGUCGGGUAUUUUUGUUGUUUAGUUAUGUGAUUUUUACUUAAGAUAAAAUCUGCCCUCUCAAAAACGAGCUCCCAUGCAUAAUGCCCCUAGUGACAUCACUCAAGUUGCCUGAUCCAAGUUCCUUUAUUUACACCUAUUUAUCUGUUCAACCUCAGGUGUGUUUUUAAUCAAAUUCCCUCUUCAAAGGUAAAUGCUACCACUCUAUCCAGCUACAGCAAAACAGUUUGAGCCUUAUGUCAGAACGCUUUUAUGGAUUUCAGGAAAAUUUGGUAACAAUGAAACACGGAAGCUGUAAAAAGGACCGGUGCAGGCGAGACCCAUGGUAGAAUCAGUCAUUUCUCUCAAACUUGGACUCAAAUGUGCAAAGUUAACACUCCAUGCAGCUCGGUGCAACUUGAAAUGUUUCAGAAGAAUUGAUCAACUCAGUUCUUCUGCUUCUUGUAAUGUCACUGUCCCCACAUAAAAACAAAUUCAAAGUUAGUUAUCUUCUUGCAUGUGCUUUAAAAAAAAGUUUUGUGAAAUCCUACAGUGGAACUUUGCAAUUUCAUUGUCAGUGUUCGAUUGGUAUCAAACAGUACCCCUUGAGAGUAUCUUUAGUCUUCUAAAUGGAAUAUGUUAAGAGACAAAGUUUAAAGUGUUAAAAUAUUUAACAAUAGCACCAAGUAUUGGAAAGUAUACUUUUGGAAUCCUAAAUUAGAUUUUCUGCAAUUGGGUUUAACUGCAUCAAUGUUUGUCUCUUUGUGUGCUACAUUUAGUCAAGAACAUCUUACAAGUUCAAACCCUCCGAGAAAUUAUACUAACUGCAAACACACCCUCAAAUCACUGCAACGCACACAUUAAACUGAGAUGGUGCCAAAUGGUAGAAUGACUCUGGUGUCAUGAAGGCUCGUAAGUGAAGGACAGAGUUGUAGCUUACCUAAGUGCACUGAUGGAAGCCCCAAAGUUUUCUGGGUCACAGAAAGCCAAAUUGGGCAACAAACUGCCUCACUAAAUUAACCUUUCUUGUGUAAUCCUUUACUACUAGUGCUACUAUUGUAAAAAUGGAGGCACAUUAUAGUUCAGAUAUUAAAUUGACUUCAUUAAAUAGAUCAUCAAAUAUCUAUAUUUAUUCGAAUUGCUGGAAGUGCAGCGAUUAAGUUUCCAUCUGGUUACAAUUUUAUUUCAGUAAUUUAUCAGACCAAUAGCUCUUUGAUGUUAUUACUUCUGUUUUGUGGCAGUGAUGAUCCAAACCCUGCAGUUGUUCUGAUGCACUUCCUAAAUUUAUGGCUGAGAAACGCUGUUAAUCCUCUUGUACUAUUCUGACUGCGCAUCGUCUGUACUGUUGCUUUUAUUGGACAGCAGUCUGACUUGAACCAGAGCUCCAAAUGGGCGAGGCAUUUCUGCAGUAAAUGUUUUGGUUUGCAGCUUUGCGUUUUUAACCAAUAUGCACUUUAGCAGGAAGAUGAGGUAGAGAAUAUUUCUUUUCGUAAACAUCUGUGUGAGAGUUCCCAUGUACAAAUUGUCAGAUUAUUUAUUGCAACACAUGACUUGUAUGUAUAAAAUGGAGCAUAUAGCUGCUGUACAGUCUAGCAAAAUUAUCUUAAAAGAAAAAAGUAUAUUAUGACAAAAAUUUUGCACAAUCACAAGGUUUUGUUGAAGUGCCCAUCUUGAAAUUGUUUUAGUUUUGCUUUGCGCGAUAUGAUCUGAGAUGAAAUGCUUUUAUUGUAUAACUUGUAUGCAUUACGGAGAGUUUUCUUUCCCUUCCCCUUUUCUGAACAAAUGAACUGCUUUUGCAUGUUCACAGUGUAAGUUCUUUAAAAUGCAUCAGCAUAGCAUUGAACAUGUAGACCCAAGCUCAACCUGAUUUCUUGGAUAUUUUAAGUUCUAAUUAGAAAAAAAAUAAAAAAAUAUUUGAAUUACAAUUUAUGCAUGGGCUGGAAUGUUUAGAUGAUUUUAAACUUUAAAGAGGGUUUCAGAAGGCCAAAAUGUUUAUUACGCCCCCAACCCCGACUAAUGUAUUCUACAUUACAUGUGUCUACAUUCAUGCCUUUUGUCUUUUCUAUUGUUGUAUUGCACUGUCUGUAAACUGAUUUACAUCCUCCGUAUUAAAACUUAUUUUUUGUUAUUAAA